GGGGUGACACACAAAAGAGGGAGUGUUUUUCAUGACGAAAAUAAGGUGCAUUUAGGCUUAUUUUAAAAGUGCUUCCCUUAAGUGGCUAAGUGGGAAGGGCUGGUUGUAGUUUAUCAGAGUAAGGACGUGGACGAUUAUCAUCCACUCACUUUCUUGCUACGUCCCUGAGCAGGUUUUUUUAAACGUGGGAAUCAGGAGUUCAGAGCAAGCGAGCCAAGUUUUUUUUUUUUUUAAGUGAACCAAAGGAAGCGCAGCACCCUCUUGUGGGCACCAGGAGUUUUUCAACCCCUCUUCUCUCGUUGCGGGCGGAAGGGGAAGUGCUUCUUUCGCCUGUUCUCUGGUUUCUGCCUGUCAUGUCGGAGUUGGCUCUGGAGGAGCUCUCUGCGAUCGCCGCUAUUUAUUGUGGGCAGGGUGAAUGUGAAGUGCUGCAUGUAUCAGAGACUGAAGGAAUCUCAUUUAGGAUUCAGACCAGUGUGAAAGGACCUUUGGAGACAGAUGUAUUGUUGAAGCUGUUGUUUUCUUUACCAAUCAAUUACCCAUCAACCUUGCCGAAUAUCUCUGUCCACUCUGAACAGCUUACAAGGACACAGUGUAUGGCGAUGAAAGAGAGAUUACUUGAAGAAGCAAAGAGACAUUUUUCACAACCCAUGGUACAUGAGCUGAUUCUCUGGAUACAACAGAAUCUAAAGUACAUUGUUGAGCAAGACGAAACUUCAGCCUGCAGUGGGAAAAGUACUCUGUCAACAAAAGCAACUACAGACGAAGGUGUAUCGACUGUCCUUUUGCAUUUAGAUCACAUGAGAGCUAAAGGAAAAUAUGUCAAAACAGUGGAAAAAUGGUGUGCAGAUCUGAGGCUCACUGGAAGAGUGAUGUUCAUGGGCAAGAUGAUUUUUAUUCUUCUUCAAGGAGACAAGAGCAGCAUUAAGGAGUAUAUGGUUCUUCAGAAAACUAGCAAGGUAGAUGUGGACUCAAGCGGGAAGAAGUGUAAAGAGAAAAUGAUUAGUGUACUCUUCGAAACAAAAGCACAGGCAGACGACAGAAGGUUCCAGACAUUUGAAGUCAAAGAGUAUUCAGCGCUGGAUGCGUUCCAAAGUGAAUUUGAGGCUGUGGGACUGGCAGAACUGUUCACCGAGUUUGUGCUGCCUCGGUUAAAAUAAUUUUGAAGCAAAUGCAUACACCCGUGACUAAACUGUCAUUGAAUGUAUUGAAUGGUUGCUGAGAGAAGAUAAAAUGAAAGGUUUGGUAGCAAACAGCUCUAAAGCUUCACUGCAAUGAAAUGUCAGAAAAAGCCAUCUCCGCAAGACACAAAAGAGAGCUCUCCCAUUCUGAACAGCUGAUAGUUUUGACUGUGUGCACUGACAACUUUUGCUGGGAACUGCUGAGUUUGAGCAGUUGAUAUCUAAGAAAUAUAGGUCGUAAGUGAAAGAUGAUAGGGAAAUCAUUGUGUUCUUGUUGGAUUUGGAUUGAACUCUUAUCCCUAAUUAUUUUGUAAUUAAACUAUGUUUUUAAAGAG